AUGCACUUCACUAGAUCUGUCAAUUAUGACGGAUUUACCAUUCACAGAUGUGGCCUCUCAUGUUUCCAGAGGAUCCUUUUGCCAGGAGGGGGUGUCAGCAUCUACUCGUCCGGUUAUGCCAGAUCGUCGAAGAUAUUUUAUGAUUUGGCGAUUGAGGCCAAUCAGAAAGGAGACUUCUUCCCGAUCUGGGGCACGUGUCUGGGCUUCGAGCAGCUGGCCUAUCUGACGGCACAGAAGCCCGUUCUGGUGAACACAAAUACCACCAGCGUGACUCUCCCACUCAACUUCACCAACGAGGCCAAAGGGAGCCGCAUGUUCCAGGAUUUCCCAGAUGAACUCAUGCGGGCGUUAGAGACCGAGGCUCUGACCGAAAACUCUCACAUGUGGAGUGUUUCUCUGGAGACGUACAACUCCAACGACGACUUGAAGACGUUUUACAAAGUGCUGUCCACAAACACCGACGGCAGAACUGAGUUUAUUUCCACGUGGGAAGCGUAUGAUUAUCCGAUCUACGGCGUUCAGUGGCAUCCAGAGAAGAACCCUUUUGAAUGGACCAGAGCGUAUUAUGCACACUCUUCAAAUGCUGUCAAAGUGACCUUUUACUUUGCAAACUUCUUUGUCAACGAAGCCAGAAAAAGUGAGUGUGCGCGGUGGCUUCUCUUCCGGGAUGGUGCACCUGACGCACACCUGACGCACACGGGACGCACACGAGACGCUCAGGUGCAGGAGUCCAAACCUGCGGUGUCUGGCCCCGGGACCCUGCACUCAGCAGCACGUGAUGGACGAUGA